AUGGAAAAUUAUUGUUUUGUAAUUAAUGGUGAUUUGGUUGAUGUUGAACAAAUAAUUGAAAAUUCGAAAUCAUGGUGGAAGCAAACAAGUUCUCGAGUACGUUAUUACUUAUCAAAAGGGAUGAAAACAUUUUAUGAGGUUGAUGCAUUACUCUGCCGCGGUGAAUUGCGUUGUGCAUAUGCACGAAGAGGUCGAGCAGCUAGCAUUGAACCAAUUCCAUUAGAACAAAUUUUUCGAGUAUCACGGAUAUACAGUCACUGGAAGACGUGUAUCAGUUUUCAUCGAAUUAUCAGUUGUAUUAGUCCAGUUACGAAAAAUGCAACUGAAGUUUAUGGUUUUCAAAAGCGAAUUUUUGUGCAAUAUUUAUGGAGAACAGAAAAACGUGAAGAGAAACGACGUGUAGCACGUGAGUAUCGAACAAGUAAAAUACCGAUACCAUCCACAAAUAAAACUGCUACUGAUCGAUUGAGAAAAUUAUCAUUAUUUGCAACAUUUGAUAAAUCACCUUCAUUGAUGCAAAAUUCGAUUGGUACUAUGAUAUCAGGUCGCAAUUAUCCCUCAUAUAUUCCACAACCAAAAGUGAAUUAUCAACCAAAACAAACUUUACAAGCAAAUUUGUCAACAUCAUUCAAUCGACGUCAUUCUUUGAUACCUCAGUUACGAAAUUCAAGACGAAGAAGUGAGCAGCAGCGAAUUCAUGAAACUUUAAAAACUACUCUUCCAAAAUCGAUUGAUAAUAAAAAUCGACCGGUAUCAUUGCUUGAAAUCAGGGAACAAUUUCAAAAGCAUCAAAAGAAAUUUCGAAAAAGACAAUCUACCAGCACAAUUAAUUGCUAG